AUGUCCAUACCCAACUCCCUCCUCCGACUAUGGGCUGCCCGCUUGGCUUCCAAGAUCGCCAUCUGUUCCGCCAUGACCUACGAUUUGUACUACAUGUCCAAAGCGCGCGGCAAAGACGGGAGCAUGAAGCUUGCUGUGUGCGAUGACAACAAGAGACGACUCUAUAGAUCUUCUAGCACGGCGAACAGGGAUGAGAGGAGCGUGGAGGAUGUCUUCGUCGAGUGUCUUGUUGCGGCGGGGAGGUGUGGGCAGAGGGUGCAGAGGAAGAGGGGUAUGGUUAGUGAGGGAAAGGGAGGUGUGAGGAGAUCUGGUGGGCCGGAGAGGGUAAGGAGGCCAAUGGGCCCGAUGUUCGUGAGGGAGCUUUCUACACACUCCAGACGCCGACAUACUGCCACUUCAGGUGCUCUAAUCGACCCCAAGAUCACGCGAGACGAGGUUACGAAUCUCGUGAAUACCUACAACCUACCAUCCGAUAUGUGGGACGACUCUGACCUAAGCACUACGCAAACCCCGCCCCAACUCGCUGCACCAAGAAACGCCAAACCACCACAUCCCCGCCUAGCACCACCCCUCGUAAUUCCCCCCGAAAAAGAGCACGCCACCCGCCUCGUCCUCGACCCCGAAGACCCCACCCACACCCAAUCCCUCACCCACUUCCGCCGCCUGCUCACCCGCACAACCGGCGGCAUCUCUCCCGACUACUUCUGGCAAGCCUACGAGAACCUGCGCCCACCCCGCGUCCGCUAUCUCUCCAACCACGACGUCCGCCAGACCUUCCGCCAUCUAACCUGGGUCGAGCAUAAACAUCUUCCGGGAGCCAUGCAGCGCUAUUUCAGCUUCUUGGAGGAGUGUUUGGCCGAGAAGGUGUAUGUGAAGCAGCGGGAGUGGAAUACCGCGAUUGCGUUUGCGGGGAGGUGGGUACAGGGGACUACGGCGAGGGAGGUGAGGUAUGCGAUUGAUACUUGGAUGCGGAUGGAGCGGGAUGGGCGGCAGGCGGAUAAUGUCACGUUCAAUAUUCUUUUCGAUGUGGCGGUCAAAGCGGGCCGGUUCGCACUGGCGGAUACCAUCUUCGGGGAGUUGAGGGAGAGGAAGAUGGUGUUGAGUAGGUACUUCCGGACCAGUCUGAUCUACUACCAUGGUAUCCGGGGCGAUGGGGGGGGUGUAAGGCAGGCUUUUAGGGAUCUGGUUCAUCAGGGAGAGAUUGUGGAUACGGUGGUCAUGAACUGCGUUAUCCUCUCCUUGAUCCGAGCCGGGGAGCCCGAGGCGGCGGAGAAUGUUUUCGCGCGGAUGAAGAUGUUGGUGGAGCGGAAGUUGGGCGGGAGGAGUGUGAGGGGUUGGAGGGAGAGUCGGGUGCUGGGGCAGUUGUUGCAUGACACGGCUGCUAAUCUCCGGCGGGAGAGGGAGAAGCAUGAGAAAUCUUUCUUUGGCUCCGCAUCUCCGUUUCCUUUUGAGGAGAGGAGGGAGAAGGUGCAGAGGAUUACUCCCAUUGCUCCUGAUGCUAGGACGUAUGUGAUUUUGAUCCGGUAUCAUGCUUAUGUUUCUGGGGAUUUUGGGAGGAUCGAAGUCUUGAUGGGGGAGAUGAGGGGGCUGGGGUUUGGGGUUGGUGGUGGGGCGUUUGUGCAUUUGCUGAGGGGGUUUUGGUUGCAUGGGGGGUUGGCGUUUGGGAAGUGGAAUGCUAGGGCGCUGAGGGAUGUCUGGGAGGAGUUUUUAAGGGGGGUUGAGGAGGGGAGGGAGGAGGAGGAGGAGGAGAUGGAGGUGGAGAGGAAGAGAAAGCGAGCUGUGGAGUCUGCUUCCGUCUCGAGUGUUGGCUCGGACUCGGGAUAUAGUAGUGAUGGAGACUCCCCGCCCCAUGAACCCCGCCGGCACGAUCCUGUCUUGGAUGGAAGCGACGAUGUGGAGCAGGAGGGUGAGGAUGAUAGUGUUCCCGGCCUCAUCAGCGAAGAAGAUAGGGAACCCUUUUUCACGAAAACCGCUGUUAGGGCUGCGCUGAUGGCAUGGUAUAAAUGUGCGGGGACCAGGAGGAUGCUUGAAGUUUGGGAGGAAAUCAAGGAGCUAUGGGAUGAUAUGCCGGAGGAUGAUCGGAAGGUGCUUGAAGGGUUGGUGGAGAGGUUGGGGAGUGAGGGGAGUAUUUACGCUUGA